AAAAAAAAAAAAUCUUCGAUUUGACGAAACACCCAAGAGCUGUUCCGUCGGGGGUGUUUCGUUUCAAGUCAUCGUUCCGAUAAUUCCAGAGGAGUCUGCGGAUAGAGAGAGGAGAGAAGAGGAGCUCGCCCCCUUGUGAAAUCUCCAGGGCAGAGCAGGUAAAGGGACCAAUUUCAGGGGUUUUUUUGGACCACCUAUUACUGAUUCCAGAUUCCAGAGCUAGAGAUCGAUUCUGGAGUUUAAAAUCUUUGGCCUUCAACGUUUUGAGAAGAUAUUUGUUCGUAACCGUCAUAUAUUCCCUUAAAAGCUCUUCAUCAUCGUUGCACUGUGAAAUAGCUCAUAGAGAGAGUUAUCCUCAGUGCCCUGUGAAACCCUAAAAGGAAGAUUCAGAGAGAGAGAGAGAGACUUUUUGGCACACAGAGCACGGUUCGUUGAUUUUUUUUUUUUUGGCACGCAGAGCAGAGACACUCGUACUACCCAAUUCGUCGGCUUCUUCACCUGAGAAUCAGAAAAAAUGGCUGACAAACCAAGCCGAGGUUUGGUGUUGUAUGGUGAUGGGUUGGUGCGUCUAAUUUCUCCUUCACAUACCAACCUCCAUUCUCUAGCAGCUCGGGGAAUUUGCGGCUUCUUGUCCCUUCCACAUCCCCUUCAUGCAGAAACCGAGGAUGAGAGAGUGGUUAGAGAGUUGGCUCAACUAUUGGAUUCCGAUUAUUCUUACAUCAACAAUGAUGGAGAGUGUGCUCCCACAAUUGAAUAUCAGAAAACAUCCUUUUCACCAACUAUUUCAGAGAAGUUCAUGGGACUGAGAGCUGCUAUUUUGACUACCAGUUCAAACGUGAAAUCUUUUGGAAGAAACCUUGGCUUCACAGUGUUUGAAUUUAAUGAGUUGACCAGUGAAUCUCCCCAUGAUGUUUUAGUCUCUGAAAUAUUGAAGUUACUGGGUUUUCAUGAGGGAAGGAUGUUAGAAACAAGCCAAUUUGAUUUAGUGUUUGUGCAUGUCGGGCAUGUUGGGAAGGAAAAUGAACUAGAUUGGCUCAAUGCUUUGGUUGGAGGAAUUAUGGAAACAGCACAACCUGGAUCAGAAGUUGGUUCCUGUCUUUACUUCUCUGUUGUCAUGAGCUAUGGGACUCUGUCUAAUGAUGAGGAUCCAAAUUUAACAAUUUUGGUCUCACACAAGGAUACAAACUCCAGUCUUUCAUUCCUUGUCCCUAAUCAAAGUUACACUAUGAAAGGAGGGAAUUUACUGAAUAACAUUAGGCACCAUUGUCCAAUGUUAAUUGCACAGUGGCAGGAGGCUGUAACUAGGAAGGAUAUGGUGGAAACAUUUUCGUUUGAGGAAUUUAAGGAGCACGGUGCAAACCUUGCUAUUCCUGCGAACCGGUUUUUGCAUGAGGUGGCAUUUAAGCUUUGGAAGGCCCCUAAAUAUGGAGCAUGAGGUUAUUCUCACAUAUCCAAAAUUGAGUAGGAAUUUUGUUCAAUAUUGCCAACCUAAUCAAGAACAAAGUUUUUUUUUUGUCUGUCAAAAUAGAUUUCCAUCCUUUUGUCAUUCAAAAGAACAUAAGCUGUUUGCAUUCGUUGUAUCGUUUGUAAUCAUGAGGUAAGUUCUUGCACUUCUAUGAAAAGAACCAUCCACGAGGAAUGAAAAAGAAAAGAGUUGUGUAGCUUCCUGGAA